GGGGGCGGGGAUUGAAAAGUUGAGCUCUAAGAAAAAAGGUUCUCUUUCCACUUCUCUAAAAAACUCUUCCUCUCUACAUUCAUGAUGCAGCUGUGUGGAGCUCUGGUUCUGUUUGCGACUCUAUCCACAGCAUGUGGUCUGAGAUGCUACACCUGCACAGCCAGCGAGCCUAAAUCCUGCACAGACACCAAAUCUUGUUCCGUCAUCUUCAACCGCUGUUUCUCUCUCAAAGUAGAAGGAUACAACAUCGUUACCAAGGGCUGUCAAACCAGUAUGGUAUGUGGAGGUGCCAUGGAUUGCUGUGAGGGGAACUUGUGUAACAGCGCCGCACUGACUGGUCCCAGCGUCAUUCUCCUGCUGGUGUCCUCCACCAUCAUCACGCUGUUGCUCUGAAGCUCCAGCUGAGAAUAUGUUGUGGUUUCUAUGCUGCUCUUUUUCCUCACUCAGUGUAAAACUACUUUUGAGUUCCCUGUACAAAGAGGUUUUGGAUCAGGACAAAACACAAUAUUCCUCAGGAUGAAAGUCUUACCUUUUUCUUAUUUUUACAACCAACAACAGCUUUGUUAGGAAUCCCUGAUUUAAAAAAAAAAAAAAAAGAAUGACAAAACACGACAUUAAAUAUGAACAAGCAUGAGAAAAUAAUAAACAUAUUUAUUUGAUGAACCUGAUGAUGAACAAACAAUCAGACAUAGUGUAAAUGGGAUAUUGUUGUACCUAUAAUCAAUAAAUAUGACUACAAGAAAAUA